AUGAACACGCCUCCGGCAAGACCAAAGAAGAGCCAACGCUCUGACCCUCAGACUGUUCGAAAAGCGGCCUGCUUCUCCACCUUCCUCUCUAACUCUGUCUCCACUGUACUAUCUGCAUGUCUGCCGAUUAGGACAUCAAAAUCAUCGUCGCCAACAUCAUCAUCACCCUCCACCAAGCAGAAACGUAUGGGUAUCGCCAUGAUCCAUUGUCUAGCCGACUGA